AUGAAAAUGGCGGAGCCGAUGAGGAGAUAUAGUGUUGGAUACGCUUUAGCUCCGAAGAAACAAGCGAGUUUCAUUCAAGUUUCCCUUGUGAACCUUGCUAAGGAACGAGGAAUUGAUCUCAUAAAGAUCGAUACGGACAAGCCGUUGAUUGAUCAAGGACCGUUUGAUUGUGUGCUACAUAAAAUGGACGGUGAUGAUUGGAAGCGUCAGCUGAAAGAGUACGGUUCUGAAUUUCCUCAGGCGCUUAUUAUUGAUUCCCCCGAAGCGAUUGAGCGGUUGCAUAACAGGAUUUCGAUGCUUCAGGCGGUGGGGGAGGUUGAAAUCGACUGUGAAAAUGCUUCGUUUGGGAUUCCUAAGCAAACUGUAAUCUAUGAUGCAAAGAUGGUGUCGGCUAUAAACCUUGAAAGUGAAGGUUUGGAAUUUCCGGUGAUUGCAAAGCCGUUGGUGGCUGAUGGAAGUGCAAAGUCGCACAAAAUGUUGCUUGUUUUUAACAAAGAUGGGUUGAGAAAAUUGAAACCACCUAUUGUGUUACAAGAGUUUGUGAAUCAUGGGGCAGUGAUUUUUAAGGUGUAUGUGGUUGGUGAUUAUGUGAAGUGUGUCAAAAGGAAGUCUUUACCCGAUGUGAAGGAGGAUGGUUUAGGGAGAUUAGAGAGUUACUUGCCAUUUUCUCAGGUUUCGAAUUUGAAUAAUUUUGAAAAGAACGAUGAUAAAUACUAUAAGUUGAUGAAUUUGGAAAAUGCUGAAUUCCCCCCUUUGAGUUUUCUUACUGAUAUAGCUAGGGGACUUAGGCGGGUGACAAAAUUGCAUCUUUUUAAUUUUGAUGUGAUUAGGGAUGAUAGAGUUGGAAAUAGGUAUUUGAUCAUUGACAUUAACUAUUUCCCUGGGUACGCAAAGAUGCCGAAUUAUGAGUGUGUGUUAACAGACUUUUUCUGGGAUGUUUUGAAUCAGAAUGAUAAGAGCUUGGGGAGUUUAAAGAAUGGUCACUGUGAAAAGGAAGUUAGGGUUUUGGUUGGGAAUAGCGGGUGUGGUGAGGAUGAAGGAACAUUGCCUGUUUCACCGCUUAAGAUAGAAGAAAAUGAGAACCCUAUUCAGGUGUGA